AUGUAUGACCCCAUCAAGCUGUGGGCAAGUGGAGGCCAGACUUGUGUAGCUCAACAGAAAUUCAUCACUAUCCCCCUUGGCACACAGCUUCAAGCUCUUUGGUGCAACCCCGAACAUGCUCAGCAUAUGUUGUAUCUCUCUGACAAGACAGAGCAUUUGUUAAAUGAGCUACGCACCAACGGAGGUGUCUUCAAUGAGAUUGACAACUUUGUCAUGGGUAUGGAUUACAUACAUGCUGUCCUAUGUGGAGAUAUAACCAAGGGCGAUGUCAUACUCAUGAUCUCAAUGGAUGGCACUCAACUUUAUGAGAGCAAGCAGUCUGACUGCUGGAUCUACAUAUGGAUUGUAAUGAACCAUGCACUGGGCAACCACUAUAAGAAGAAGUACAUACUUCCCAGUGGCUUCAUACCCAGCCCCAACAAACCCAAAAAUGUCUGGUGUAUUUUGAUGGGAUGGUUGGACAUAGCAGUCGUAAUGGUUGCCAACUUUAUUGUGGUCUCAUUGGGUGACAUAAAGGGAUGCAUUACUAUCCAGCUCUCUUGA